AAGUUGGAAUGGAAUUGCGAUCGAUGGGUGUCCGAGAGACGUGAGAGGCGGUCGAGAAACCCGAAGCAGUGAAUUUCCAACGACAACGCUGCAACGGGGAGGAAAGACAAGGAGUCAGAAGUCGGAGGGUAGAAAAGAGUCAAAAGUGAGAGGGGAGACUAGGAGCUCAGUGUCGACGACCUGCGUUUCUGCUUGGUCGUCAAGUGAAUUGAAGGAUCUGAGUCAAGGCAGGCCACGCGGCGUGUAACGCUGCAGGAACAGCAACCCUAAGGCAGGGAAGGAAGGUCGGGUGACAAAGGGAAGCAAGCAGAGGGAAUGCUAGCGGUGUCAGUGCGACGAGCUAUGCCGGUCAAGUCCGAUUCGCCUCGCUUUUGUCCGAGAAGCGUGCUGUGUCUGUUCCGGACGCUGGCUCCUUAAGAGUUCGAGGAGAUCGAGGUGCUCAGUGACGCACGCAGCGCCAAGUUGUGAUGUAGGUUGGCGCCUGCGCCUGUUUUGCCGCGAGCAAUUGCGCGGACGCAACUAGUGGACGAGUGUCAGAAAGGGCCCGCUGCUGUACGCUGGGAUGUGAACGUUGGGGGAGCGGGAGAUCGGCGCCUACAGAUGAGGCGGAGGCGCGCGUGUGCACGGCCGCAGGUGAGUUCAUGUUUAGAAGAUAUUACUCGGGCUUCGGUUUCUUGAUAGCCGUCUUUUUUCCGUGGAAGCUCGGGAGGGCAUCGAUGGUCGGUGGCGGAGAGUCCAGCCGGAGCAAGAGAUUGAUUGGCUCAAGCUGCACGUAGGAAUGUGGGUCGACGGCGUGUGUUCAUAAUUUUCGUCGUGAACUGGUCGAACUCGCGAUUGUUAUCGGCAGGGAGCAAUCGCGAGACGUGCCAAUGGGUGUCCCAGUGAGAGCGCGUUUGUGAAGACACAUGGGGGCGUGAGCAACUGGAAAACUGUUUUGUCAGGGUUCGUAACUCCUCUCUGGGGUUGUGUUCAUCUUCUUACGUAGCUAGCUUUGAAAGGGGUUCUUUGUUUGUUUUUUUGUUUUUUUUUGGUGGGUUUGAUCCUGCUUUUCCGAUGUCAUAAUCCGGAGCGAUGUUGCUUAGUUCGACUCUCAUCCGUUUCUCUGUAGGGGAUCUCACGAGAGGUGGAUGCGUACGAGGUGAGAGUCAGAUUGGUGCUCUUUCUCUGCAUGUCCUUCACUUCUUAUAAGUCCAUUGUCCCACGUAUCAUGUGAUGGUCACGGUGACGAGAAGCUAUCACAAGCUACCUAUCAAACUCCUUGGAAAUCUUUUUCAGUGAUACGCUCUUACUCUGAGAGUGGCCUUUCAGUCUCAACAAUUUGACAAAUUUCAGGGGGGGUGUCUGUUCUACGUAAUUGUUUCCCUUCUCCUGCUGCCGUCUUCCAAUUGCCUGAGCUGACCGUGCAUCUAUCUCUGUAGUUAGGGGCACGAUAUUUCUCGAUUCCAAAUCCUUUUCGACUCUGUCCGCAGAUCUGCGAGGUCCCAUCAUACCGGCAGUAAGUCACAAUCACCACGAAGCUUCUUUCGAGGUCGACCAAAAUUAUGGUGAGCAGGUUGAAACGUUACUGGCAUUCCAAGAAACAGAGAAUUCAUCAUAUGGUUGAGAGGAAGAAAAAGCGGUCCACCGCACUCCACUCUAGAGUCACUGGACAUGAUGGAAGACUGGAGUGCGAGUCGGUGCUGUUUUCCAUUCGAAAUAGGGAAGAUUUUGCAUCACGGAGUGAAACCAGUGAGGCUGAGGCUGGUGAAGUGGUUAAGCGUACGGAUUCUCUUCUGAGUAGCCGAUGGGAGGUAGAUAAUUUGUUUUCACAAUUGCCGAAUGAGAUUGUAAUUGACUCUAUCCUCACACGACUGCCAUGGAAGUCGCUGUACACGGUGUCAGCACUCAAUCGUUCGUGGCAAUGGGCAUUCCGAAGUUGUCAAGUGUAUAAUGCGCGAGUCAGCAAAGGGCAGGCUCACAGUCUUAUUGCCAUGACAAAUGCCUCACCUUUCCCAAAUGCUCCGAAGGUCCUGCGUGCAAUUUCACUAUACGAUCCCUCCCAAGAUGCUUGGUACCUCUUGCCACCUAUCCCCGGAGUCGAGGAGGGAAUUCCUGUCGGUGGUCAGUGUGCAUUUUUGAAGGGGAAGCUUUAUGUGAUAGGGGGUUUUACUCCGUACUCCGUCGACCUUCAUGGGGACGAGGUCUUCAGUUUUGAUUUGGGAUCUUAUCAAGGAGGAUGGCGACGAUGUGCCAAGCUUGACUUCCCCAGAGAAGGAUUUUCAUGCCAUGUCAAGGAUGAUAAAAUUUUCGUGUGCGGAGGUUUGGGUUACGAUCAGCACAUGUGUCGGAAGUCAUAUGUGUACCACCCUGAACAGGACCGUUGGACACCGAUCUCUGAUAUGCUCUAUAAGCGUUCUGGUCAGAAAAUUGUUGGUUUUGGUGGAGGGUUCCGUGUAUACGGAGGUAGAUACUGGUCUGACAGAGUGGACAGCGAAGCAGCCAUCAGUAAUAGUCACAGUAUUAGCGGAGGUUUGAUCAGCGGACAUCAGAAGAAUGCCCAGAUGGAAUCAUUUACGGAGAUGUACGAUCCUAGCACAGACACGUGGGUCGAAGUCGAAAAUUUCGCCCAGGGCCGUGUAAGUGGCAGUUAUGUUGUGUCAGCCAGUGGUGAACUAUAUCAUGUGUAUGCCGAUCAUAUAGACAGAUAUAAUCUGGGUUCGAAGUCGUGGGAGCGGUUCCAUAUUAACCUUUGGAGGGUACUGGAAAAGGUGGAAGUAUCCCCUCUAUGGCCUUGCGCAGCUGCGUUCGUGGACGGCGAGCUCUACAUUUUGAUGGCUUCCGAGGAUAGAAGCGUUCUUAAUGGUGAACAGUAUAGAGUCAUACCUCUGAAGAGCAUUGGGUUCGGUACAGGCCUUAUUCUUCACUGGCAGGAGGUAGGAUGUCCUUACGGAUUCGGAGUUUUCGGCGAGACGAACUGUUCCAUCCAUCACAUCAAACUGUGAGCGAUUCCUUCUCUCGGAGGCAUGUGAAACUUUUGCGUGCUCCUUUUCUCCUAACAGGUACGACAUAGGCAUCAGAAGCAAGAUCAAUCUCAGGAGGUUGGUUGUAUAGAUACGAGUUCCAGCGCUUUUGCCUUUACCUUCGGCAGUUGGUUUGUGGCUGUUGGGCAACUGAGCACAUCAGAAUCAAAGACAACCUUGUGAAUUAGUUAGUCACAGAAGAGAUACUUGUUAGGUUCUUGUUAAUUGUAGGAUUCAAUUUAUCCAGCCCAAGUGAGGCCCCGUUGUCAGUAUGUAGUUCGCGUUCAGCUUAACACCUGGAACAUGUUGUGUAUAUUUAUUCGACAUAUGUAAGAAACGUCUUCGAUUAUUUUCCG